UUCCAGAAGCAUAAUGAAGAUCCUGAUUUCAAUCGUUUGUGUAGCCCUGACGCUUACCUGUGUAACCUGUACCUAUCCGGGAUAUGGAGGAGGCGGUAUCCGUUAUGGCAGGAUCCAGGGAGGUUAUAUUUCCGGACCCCGGGGCGGCGCCAUUGGGGGUUACCGCUACGGAAUGGGCGGGGGAUACGGUUACCCCAGUCCUUACGGUGGAGGCAUGUACGGCGGGGGGAUAGGCGGGUAUCCAUACGGAGGCGGAAUGUACGGGGGCGGAUAUCCGGGUUACGGAGGCGGGAUGUACGGGAGCGGACUGUACGGGGGCGGGAUGUACGGGGGUGGAAUGUACGGGGGCGGAUAUCCUUAUGGCGGAGGGAUGUACGGGGGCGGAAUGAUCGGUGGCGGAAUAGGAGGUUAUCCGUCGUACGGGGGCGGAAUGUACGGGCGUGGCCUGGGCUACAAGAAAAACUACUAUUAA